ACAGCAAAGUGACAGCAUCAGAGCGAAGUAGCAAUUUUUGAUCUGCCACGUAAAGAUUUUUUAGACUUUUCUACCAUAAUCCCUGGGAAUCUCUCCUUCCUGAUUGCACAUCCACAAUGGGAGUGUCGCACAGUGUCAAUGUGCCUGGUGGUGGUUCUGAAGGAUAUCACGUUUUACGGGUUCAGGACAAUUCACCGGGUCAGCGUGCUGGAUUGGAGGCAUUUUUUGACUUUAUCGUUGCCAUUGGGAAUAUACGACUCGAUCAGGACAAUGACUCCCUCAAGGAGUUGCUGAAAUUGAAUGUGGAGAAGGAGAUUAAGAUGGUGGUGUACAGCAGCAAAACCCAAACCGUCCGGGAAGUUCAAAUCACUCCCAGCGCUAAAUGGGGUGGUACUGGACUCCUGGGGGUUAGCAUUCGUUUUUGUUCCUUUGAAGGAGUCAAUGAGAAUGUUUGGCAUAUUUUGGAAGUUCAUCCAUCAUCCCCUGCGGAGGAAGCUGGUCUGAGAUCCUUUUCAGACUACAUUAUUGGAGCUGAUUCAGUCCUCCACGAAAGUGAGGAUCUCUUCACGUUGAUUGUCUCCCACGAAGGGCGUCCACUGAAGAUGUAUGUCUACAAUACGGACGACGAUGCCUGCCGGGAGGUGACAAUCCGGCCCAAUAGCAAAUGGGGUGGAGAGGGGAGUAUGGGAUGUGGUAUUGGGUAUGGGUACCUUCACAGGAUUCCCGUACGGACGCUUCCGGAGGAGAAGAAGCCCCUCUUCCGGAUGCCGAUCAAUGUGGAGAAUGUAACAACGACAACACCACCACUGAUAGCUCCAACCAACACAACGGCGGCUGCAUUUGUCCCUACUACGCCCGAGCCGACGAUCCCCUUUGUGCCACCCCUGACGAAUACAUUCCCAAAUGUGAGUGGGGCACAGAAUGGUGAGGCAGCAGCACAUUCGGCCCUUCCGGCGGCGAGUGCAGUGAGUUUAGCAACACCACAGCAGGUCACAACAAACACUUUUGCCCCCACAGUGGCAACAAGUGCAAUUCCGGGGGUGAUAAACACGAGUCAGCUGUUUAGUGGGGUUCCCAGCACGACACCGGAUCCCUUUGCGGGUGUAACGGCGCCCCCAAUGGCUGUGCCACCAGUGCCCAUGUAUUCACCACAUCAGAUCCCAGCACCAGCACCCAUUCACCACAUCCCGGCAUUUAGUAGUGCUGCCACCACCAGUGCCAGUCCACUCUUUGCGCCACCCCCUCCGGCCGCGCUCUCGUACCCUGUGAUGGAGCCCCAGCCACCACCACCACUGCAGACAGUCUCAACGUACCCCCAGGUAGCCGGUACAGCACUCACUACGCCCAUAGCUCUACCCGGAAUGCCUCCCAUCACGGUGAGCGCCACAAUUCCCGCACAGGCGCUCCUCAACUCCUUCGCCAGUACAGCGCCCCAGAACUGAGACGGAGAGCCGCUCCCACGCGAGAUGAACAAGCUAUAAACGGCUCAAGGAACCGUUUGCACCCCCCCCGUGUGCUGGCAAAAGGGGUGGAAUUAACGCAAUUUCUUUUGAAUUGUAUUCAUUUGUGCAACAAUAUUAAAAACGAUGAUGUAUUAAUUUUAGGCGAAAAUAAAUCAUAAAAAUAUUAAUUUAA